GCGCCGGCCCGCAGUCCGCGCGAGGAGUCGCGCCCGGCCCCUUGUCUGCCGUGCCGCGCGCCGUAAGCUCCCAGCCUUUGUUUGUUGUCGAACGCGAGUCGCGCGCUCUACAGCUGUUCAGUGUUACAUCUCCGUGAUACGUUAUAGUGAUAUUUGUGUGUCGUUUGUUCUGUCAGUGCCGGAGUACCAGUGGUUUGUGUGAUCAGCUGAGAUUUGAUGGCGUUUCUCGUGUGCCCGUGAAGUAGUCGGUGCGCGCGUCUCCGCAAGGGAGCUCGGCCAUGGCGGCCACGGCCCGCCGCGAGAUCGACACCGGCGAGGAGGACAUCGCCGCCAUCGCCAAACAGAUUUCAGAUCAUGCCGAAGCGAUCUACCAGACCUGGAAGGCUCGCGGUCUGGCGCCCUCUGAGAUACUGUCCUGCAGACCGACUCCAGGCCUCAAGCUGGCCGAUAGUUUGCGUACUUCUAAGCCCCGACCGGAACCGAAACCGGAAAUAAAGCAACGGCCGGAACUGCGACGAGAGCAGCGCGGGGAGGCUGCGCAAGAGCAGCGACCGGAUAGCCGCAGGGAGCAGCCCCGCACAGAGCAGCGCCACGAGCCUAACUCAGAGACUGUAGAAGUUAUGUUACCUCCAGACCUUGUCCCAGAAAGGAAUGGCACGGGCGGCCCCGGUGCCACGCGCCGAGCUGACCCUGCUGCCAUGAGGCUGGAGGUUGCACGAGAAGAGGAACGUCUCCUACGGGCGCUGCGCACCGGCGGGGUCGUCGCAGAGCGUGCGCCGGAAAGACCCGAUGUGGUACCUCCGGUCUCCUUAGUAGAUUACGCUAAGAGUCGCUAUCAGGAUCGUUUAGAUACAGGAGCGAGGAAACCUGCUACAGGCGCUAGCGAAAGACGAGCGUCGAUCGGUUCACAUGUUAAUGAAGCAAGGUCCAAAUUCGAGGCGCGGGCUCGUCGCGCAUCAAGUGCCGGUGCAGGCGAGCCCACGGCCCCCGGAGCCACGCCUGUGAGGCCCUUCCUCACGCGUGGCUCUGUCGCCGAGCGCGUGCUCAUGUUUGAGCGAUGCCCCAGCGAGGCCACACUCGAGCUUGCCAAGAGGAAAACCCCAGCGGCCACCACCUGGCGAGGACCGCACGACGUCAUCAACAGAGCACAGAGUUAUGCCGCGUCGACGCCGCCGAAGCCAUCGUCGGCGCCCCCCCACACCACGCUGCAGCGGACGGUGCGGGGGGCGGCUAACAGUGGUGCGCCCGCGCGGGUCAUCCCUCGCUUCUAUUACCCCAAGGGCCGACCACCGCCGGCGCACCAGCAGGACCACGCGGUGCACAAAGUGCAGUCCGCCUUCGCUACCUUUCCUAAUAGCCAGGUACCCAGAGAAAGCUUCAAGCACAUCGUGAAGGCGUGCGAGUGUCCGCUGUACUGGAAGAUGCCGCUAUUCCUGACCACACAGCAGAGCCUACACGCCCCCGUUGACGGACACAAAUUCAUCGACUUCUGGCGAGAAGUGACAUCGCAAUGCCACGACCAGGCGUCGAGGUUCGUGUUCGUGCUCACUCGCGGCAAGAGCAACACGCUGGCUCCUGAAGACUUCGUGCCGUUGGUCCAAGACGUGGUGGACACACACCCUGGACUCUCCUUCCUCAAAGAAGCCACGGAAUUUCACUCCAGAUACGUACAUACUGUGAUCGCUAGGAUAUUUUACUGUGUGAACCGGUCGUGGUCAGGCAGGAUAUCGAUCCCCGAACUGAGGCGGUCCAACCUGCUGCAAGUCAUACAGCUGCUAGAGGACGAAGAAGACAUUAACCAAGUCACACAAUAUUUUAGUUAUGAGCAUUUCUACGUAAUUUACUGCAAAUUCUGGGAACUGGACAGGGACCACGAUCUGUUCAUCGAUAAACACGACCUGGCUAGACACAACGACCAUGCGUUAUCGAGUCGGAUGAUCGAGCGCGUGUUAUCCGGGUGCGUGACCCGGGGAAACCAAAAUCGCUUGACCUCGGACGGAGAACCCCGCAUGUCUUACACGGAGUUCGUCUGGUUCCUGCUGGCUGAAGAGGACAAGACGCACCCCACUGCCAUUGAAUACUGGUUUAGGUGUAUGGACAUAGACGGAGACGGCUACAUAUCUAUGUAUGAGCUGGAAUACUUCUACGAGGAACAGAUGCAGAGGAUGGAAGCCAUCGGCAUUGAGACCUUACCAUUCAAUGAUUGUUUAUGCCAGAUGCUGGACAUGGUGCACCCGGCGGAGGAAGGCAAGAUCACCCUGACGGACCUGAAGCGGUGCAAGCUGACGCCGAUAUUCUUUGACACCUUCUUCAACCUUGAGAAGUAUCUCGACCACGAACAGCGCGAUCCCUUCGCCACGCAACGUGAUUCCGAUUCAGAGAUGUCAGAAUGGGACAGGUUCGCAGCCGAAGAAUAUGAACUAUUAGUAGCAGAGGAAGGAGGCAGUGAUGCUCAGGAUCAAAUCUCGUACGAUGAGACGGAUGAAGAUUGUCUGUCGCCAAACCUAGAUGAGAUCACCAACACGGACGUCAUCGAGGACUCGAGCGUGGAGGAGUCGACGCUGAGCGAGGCGCUGGCGGGCGGCGCGGCGGGCGGGGCUGCGCGCGCGCAUCUAGCGCCGCACGCGCCGCACGCCGCGCCCGGCUACGUCAACCUCAGCUCCAUCUACUCCAUCGGCUCCGGCGACCGGUGGGCCAACCAACAUCAACCAACCGCCGCCAAAAACGGAUUCCCCGAGAAAAAGCUUUCCGAAAAACCUGUACCUCCCGAAAAACCCGUAAGUUUGAUGAUGGUAAACGGCAAAAUGGACAAUCGAUACGCCGGCUUCGGAGGCAAUAAUAGCUUCCUGUACUCUCACUUACUGGGAACCAACCCCGGUGGAACUCGGGCCAAGGACCCGCCCUCGUACACCGCGGCCACUAGCGGAGCUCUUUUCGAUAAGAACGGUGAAAAGAAGGUGACAUCACCGAAUAAGAUUACCAAGUCGCCGGUGACUAGUCCUGUAAAUGGAGUGAAUAAGAUUUCCGAUAACUACGAGAGAGCGGUGGCAGAGAGACUGAGCCCGCAGAGAGAAAUCUCUAGAGUGAACCGGAGCAGCUUGUUCAGCAAGGUGAACACGGGCGUGGUGUCGAGCAAGGUGAAGGCGAGCGCGCGCAGCCACGACGACGAGGACGAGGACUACGCGCGCGACAGUGACGAGUGCUCCAUAUAGGGCCCGCCGCGGGACGCCGCGGCUGCCCACCGUACCUACUAGGCCGCGCCACACAGCCAACACCAAAGAUCGCAAACGUGCAAUUCAUAAAACUAUUGACAGGUUUGUCUUUAGAUUAGAUUUUGAACGAGAUAAUUGUUACAGCGUUGUGUUUGAAACCGAAAAUAAAAAUAUUUUUUCAACGUAUCCUAGUGGUUGAUACGUGCCUUGUGACAGUGUAGCAGAGAAGUUUCCACUUCGGACUUAGACGGUAGAGGACGUAGAAGUGAUACGUGAAAUUUACAAGAUAAACUUUUAAUAAUGUCGCGUCUAUAGACUAGUUUUGGCAUUUUACUAGUAUUGUAUUUAUUUAUCUAACAGACUUUUGUACCAGUGUAUUGUUUUGAAGUGAGCAUAUUCAUAAUUUAUUCACGCAAAAUUAUUUUUAGAAAAAUGUGACAUAAAGAAUGCCUAUAAUAGAUGUAUCUUCAUGAAUCUCACUGGAUAUUCGUUAGUCCGUCAUCAAAACAUCAUUCAUAUCAUUAUUCCAUCCAUGGGUCAGUUGGUACUAAGCGGCGCUUUAAAGCGCAGGCAAACUUGCAAUUUGUGAGAUCAGCAGCCGCACUAUUCAUAUUACUUACACUUAUUCUUGUAGAAAAUUAUUCGAAUUAAACUACUAAUACUGUACAUUGAUUAGUUUAAAGUACUUACGCCAUAACUCGAGCAUUAUAAUCAUGAAUCGACAUAAUAAUCAGUAUAAUAAACACGCACACCUUAGAAUAGCGAUGAAUAUUUUUGAUAAGGACAAGAGGUUUUAUGUGGGAAACCUUCGGAAUAUUUUUUAAAAGUAUUAUUGUGUCAAAUUAACUCUACAUCGAUCCGACGAUCGCCUUCUAUCAAAGUACCUACGGUCAGGAUAGAGCUUGAACAAAUUGUGUGCGUCAAGCUAGCGGCCUCAAAAAAAAAAUGGGCACGAAAAAAUAAUUUGACCAUACCAAAAAAUAGUACUCUUAUUGAAAAAAAUAGUACCUGUUGUAAAAAAAUUAGUACCAUCACGGUUCUGGAUUUAUAGCCAUGUUUUAUUGCACUUGCUAGCUUGACGGUGAGCGAAAUUUGGCGAGAGUUAACGACAAGGUCUUUCGCUUUGAUUUAAACGCCAAAAAAUAGUAUCGAAAUAGUACUCACCCCCUGCAAAAUACCGAAAGUAGUACUUCAACGGUUCCAAAGUUAUAAAGGCAGUUCUUUGAUCCCGCUAGCUUGACGUUUUGAAAAUACCUAUUAUCUGGGGAACGCUUGCAUACUUCAGUAUGUAACUAAUGUCAAUAAACUCGUAUGAAAUAGUACUCCCUACCAUCAUAAUUUUGAUCCGAUUCUCUUUGUAGAAAUGUUAAAAAAUCAUCAUAACCUAUGCCAUACAUUUGUUGUUGAUACAGUCACGUAGACAAUUACAUAACCUCACAAUUUAUUCGUAAGUAUUGCCAUUUUGGAGGUCUACCCUACCAUUUCUUUGCACUUCAGUGCUGCUAUUACAAAAAAUUCCUAUUGCAUACACCCAUAUGCACUAAUUUUAAUAGAAAAUGGCUGCAUGGGUCUAGUUCUUAUCGAAAACAAUCUGUGAUUUUAAUACAUCAUAAUACAUUUUUAAUCUGCUGUUUUAUUUUAUAAUUUAUACCUUCAUGUUGAAUUUGUUACGGAUCGAAGUGUUUGUUAAUAAACAAUUUGCAGUAUUUGUAGAAUAACUCAAAGAGUUUCAACAAUGAUAUUACUUUCAUCUAACAACCCUGGCACUUCACCAAUUUUUACCCAAAAAUGGGGAAAAAUACUGAAAUCUGACAACAUUCUUGACCAUGUGUAAUAAUUUUGUUCGCGACUGUACUCGUCUUGAUAAAUGUAUGACAUAGGUUAUAAUGACUUUUUGACAUAUUUCUACAAAGAGAAUCAGGUCCAAAUUAUGAUGGUAGGGAGUACUAUUUCAUACGAGUUUAUUGACAUUAGUUACAAACUGAAGUAUGCAAGCAUUCCCCAGAUAAUAGGUAUUUUCAAAACGUCAAGCUAGCGGGAUCAAAGAACUACCUUUAUAACUUUGGAAUCGUUGAAGUACUACUUUCGGUAUUUUGCAGGGGGUGAGUACUAUUUCGAUACUAUUUUUUGGCGUUUAAAUCAAAGCGAAAGACCUUGUCGUUAACUCUCGCCAAAUUUCGCUCACCGUCAAGCUAGCAAGUGCAAUAAAACAUGGCUAUAAAUCCAGAACCGUGAUGGUACUAAUUUUUUUACAACAGGUACUAUUUUUUUCAAUAAGAGUACUAUUUUUUGGUAUGGUCAAAUUAUUUUUUCGUGCCCAUUUUUUUUUUGAGGCCGCUAGCUUGACGCACACAACAAAUUAUUAAGGCAAGUAACAGCUACCACUCAGAACAUAAAACUACCUCUUAGGUAAAUUUAAACUCAAACAGACUUCAAGUUGCAAAGCUAAAAACUAUAUUUAGUUUUUCUAGCUUUUCGUUAGCGGGAACACUUGACUCUAUCAACGCUUCAUGAUCAUGCUUCAAAGUUCGAAACCAAGCUACACAUGGUACUUUUUGUUAAUGAGGGAACAAUCGAGAAGAAAAUCGGGCCCUUCCUGACCAUUCGGGUAUUUUUAUCUUUGCGAGAAGGUGUAAUGUUUCAAUUCUUCAAACCUCCAUGUCAUUAACCAGGAGGCAUUUUAGUACCUAUUUAAGUAGGAACAAAUAGUAAAGGCAGCUGUAAAUAAGCUUGUAGGUAAUGCUAGGUAAAUCUUACAUUACUCUAGUCUGCAGAGUGCAGGUGCUGACAGACCGUUGGGAAUCUCCAGAUAUCUCAGUGCAUACUUGUAGUUUCCGCAACCAAAACGUGGUUGUCACUGUUAACGAAAUUGUCGCCUAAAUCUGUUUUACAUUUUCAUAUUUUAUUCAGUUCUUUAUAAUUCUGAUUAGGAAUAGGUAAUUAAUUUAUAGUGAGUUAAUAAUGCAAUGUUAUAGAUACUGAUUUAAAAUCCAUUCUUUUAAUAGUUUAAAUUACUUAUGUAUGAUUGAUACAUGUAAAACAAUCCUGUGCCUCCACUAUUGUUAUACAUAUAUACCUACCUACACUAUCAUGGUCGACAAUACCCUGUAGACCUUAGGUUUUCUAAGCUUCUUUUAUAUUGUUAAGACUAGUCAUUUCCAUAUCUAAAAAAAUAUCUUAUUUACAAUCCUCAAUCAACUAAUUUUACCAAGUAUUAACCAAAACGAUUGUUCACCUUUUAACAAAUUUUAUUAAUAUGUUGUGUACUGUUAUAAUUACUUAGAUUAAUUUCAUUAAAAUUAUUGGUAUGUUUCAAUACCUACCCGUUUUGAAGUUAGAUUAAGGUUACAAUUAAUUUAGUUAAUUUAGCAGAUAGGUCUGUAUGCUUAGUUAAAGAAUCUUAAGACGUCAGUUUUAUUGUAAUAACUAGAUAUUUUGAUUGUAUACUGCUGCUGUAUGUUUUGGUAGAUUGUUGUUUUCGAGUGAAGAGUUAAGUCUUGAAAUGGUAUUGUCAAUUCGUUAAGGUGUAACAGUAAAGUAUUAUGCUUCCAGAUUUAACCCCAAGCCAUUUAUUUUAUUAGUGCCAUUAGUUUUAUAUUCUAUCUAACCAAAAGUGUUUGAAAUUGGUUACAUCGAGUAAUUCCUUAACCAGGCGAGAUAUUUCAACUCAGCAUUUGUAGACUUUUCGUUUUGUAAGCACCGAAGAUUAUAAUCGUAAGGUAGGUACCUAGUGUUGAUGUUAUAUUUCUUAACAUUGAAUACCUGUUUUAAUGGAUAACUUUUGUAGUUAGUCGAUAACAAAAUCAAUUAUUCUUGAACAUAAGUAAAAUGCCUACGAGAUUGUACCCCGACACGCAGUUUUAACCGAAGAUUUUUUACAAGACAGAAAUGGUGUGUUAACAAGAAGAGGUGUCAGACCUAUUGUUAAGUAUCCUAAUAAAGUACAUCAUUGUAUUUAA